GCUAAACUUGCAAGCAUUUCACAAACAGUGCAGGGCUGCCAUCCGCGCACGCCCGUGGGUCGGAAGGGCUGCCCUCGCACCACCAUGGCGCUCGCCUGCGUGGGCAUCGACGGCUGCUUCGGCGACGACGUCAACAGCGACGAAACGAGGGGGCCCGAGACGACCAUUCAAGCGCCCGCCGGCACCCUAGGCAUCUCCUUCGGGUCCGACGACACGUCGAAUGUCAUCAUCGCCGUGCGGCCGACGAGCCCGCUGGCCGGCUCGGUCGCUGUCGGAGACAAGCUCGUGUCGAUCAGCGGACCGGGCCGCGCGCCGUUUAGAUGUGGUGGGAGUACCGGUAGCGAGGUCGUCGGCGAACUGAGAGCGGCGGAGAACACGGGCGACCGCGUCCUCACGUUUAAAAAGCCGGCAGCCUUCGAGGUCGCGGCGCCGCCCGGGGCUUUGGGACUCAUCUUCGAGAGCCACGGCCCGCGCGUGACCGCUUUACGGUCGUGGUCGCCGCUGAGCGGCCAGGUCGCUGUUGGGGAUGUGCUCACGUCGAUCAACGGCGAGCCCGUCGCGGCCGGCGACGGCUUCGACGCCGCGGCGCUCGUGAAGGGCGCGGACGACGGGAGCGCCGACCGCCGCCUCGCCUUCUACGGGUGAGGUGUUUUUUCGGUCGUUGAGGCGGCGCGUGUAAAUACUCGAGAGCU